GUUAACACACACCUAUUUAUUUAUUUAUUUAACCUAUAUAUAGGCAUGCACCUUUAUACAUAAGAAAAUAUCUUGUAUAUUCUAUGCAUAAUUAUAAUUGUGCCAAAUUUAUAUAUUAAAAACAGUGAAGGAACUUUAAAAUUAAGGCCCCUCUGCAGAUUUACACGGUAAAGGGUAAAAGAGGGCGAACAUAGAAUAAGAGAAACGGCAAAAAAUAUAGACAGGCGGACCUUUUGCAGGCGCAGAUCCAGUAUUUCGUUUGGGGGAGUCAAUUUUUGUGUAAUUUCACCUAUCGUCCCAAACAAAAAAUUUGAUAAUAUUUUAGUUUGUUAUCGAUCCAUGUAAUACUUAUGCUGUUUGCCUGUCUUCAAAAAUAUGAUUUAAAAACAAAUAGUUAGGUGGUAUAAAGAGGAAAAAAAACAAAAAUAAAAACAAAUUUUGAAAUUGGUCCAAAUAAAGUGCUUCGAUCGUGAGUCGGGGAGGGGGGGGCAAUUGUUGUGUUAUGUUUAGAUUUGUUUCCCCGGUUGUGUGUGAUGAUUUUGUUUUUGCCCACAAAUUUGGAUUUAAUCAUUUUGAGGGGGUGCUUUGUAAACCGUUGGAAAGCAUAAGUCAAUACCCAACUUUUUGGCAAAGAAAGUACCUAGGUAUAUUGAUUCCGUUUAAAACAGAAAAAUUAUGAAAAAUAUUUUAGGAGAUUUGAAAAAAGUAAAAAAAAUGUCGCCGGUCGUGUUCCAUCUCGUCAAGUCUAAAUAUGAAGUAAAAGCAAUACAAAUUUAAGACCAUUUAUUUAUUGAUUUUUUUUAUUUUGUAACAGUUUCAAUUUACUUAAAUUUCACCUAAAUGAUGAAAUUUCACCUAAAUGAUGGCUCAAAUCGCAAUUUCAAUUUUUAAAGAUAAUAAUAAUUAAGUUAAAAAUUAGGCAUUGUCGGGGCUUUUAACUUUUUAAUUAACAAAUAAUAGGUACCUAUACAUAUUUAAUGGAGUAGAAGCAUUCAGGCAUUAUUCUAUAUCGCAUGUAGUUCGUCCCAGUCUUGCACACUGAUGUGUCAAUAAUGUGAAAAAAACAAUAAAAACAAUAAUUUCCACACCUGUACAUUAAGUUGCGAUAAAUUAAUGUGGUUUUCAGAUUAGAUUAUGUAAGAAAAAGACCCAUAGAGCAGAAAUCCACCACAGUGCUAGUGAAAGUGUUACCCGAAUAUGUCUGCAAAAGAUCGUAGACUUCCAAGCGUUAACUAACACGAUGCGGACUAGUUUGUUGGUUUGUGUUACCCUUUUGCAUUCGGCAUUCGGUUUUUUGGAUAAACAACCAAGUUAUAUAAGCACUUGUCAAAUCAAGAACAAUCCAAAUUUUUCAAAUUGUUCCACACAUUCCGUGCAAGGUCUAUUCGAUGAAAUACCAAAAGGAAUUCCAGAAAUAGGACUAGAGCCUUUAGAUCCCUUAAAGGUUGAUAAGAUUAAGAUUUUACAAGGAGGUGGAGGAGCUGUAACAGUCAACGCAUCUUUAACAAACGUUACUGUAAUUGGUUUUGGUCACACCAAAGUGGUUCACAAUACUGUCGACAAUAAAACAUACGAUUUCCACACAAAACUGCAUCUUGAUAGGUUACGUAUUGACGGAAAUUACGAGCUUUUAGGAAGAAUUCUUGUUAUCCCUCUCAGAGGAAAGGGUGCUUGCUGGUUUGACGCAAAGGACCUGGAGAUAUACGCUAAGAGUGAUGUAAAGUUAAUUAAACACGAUGGUUUCCAUUUUUUCAAUAUCUCAGCUGUCCACGUCAAAUUUAGCAUUGGAGGUUUAAAGUUGCACAUGGGCAACUUGUUUGACGGUAUAAAAACUUUAGAGGAUUCCACAAACGCCUACUUGAAUGCGAAUUGGAGGCCCGUGGCGGAAUCGCUGAAUCCGAUACUUUCGAAAACUAUCGAGGACAUUAUGAUCGACAUUUUAAAAAAAGUUUUCGACAACACUCCAGCAGACUUUUUCCUUUCCGAUCUGGACAAAAUAUAGUAUCAGUGUUUUUUAAAUAUUUAGUUGUUUCCAAAUUAUUUAUUUCUUAAUUUGUUGACUUUAUAUUAAUAAUGGUAGUUCAUAGGGCAAAGAAAUGUGAUUAUAUAAUUAUUAAAAUAUUAUAAAAACCAAAUAAAUUAAAUAUACAUAUAAAACAAUUUCUUUUUGUAAAGUCACAUGACAAAAUUAAAAUUACUUUUUGAGGAACCUUCUUACAAAUCCCGAUCAAAAAUUAGAUUCCACCACGCCACUGCGCGUAAUUUUUACCAUUUACAUAAUAAAUUUUUACCAUUAUACGCGUUGCUUACACUUUUAAGUUUAACAA